AUGAGCUGCAGCGAAAUCGCUUUUGUGAGACAUAGAAAACUAUUCAGAAUGAACCAUGAGACAACCGCAGAGGCAAGCAAGAUGAAUUUUCGUUCAGUGCAGAUAGCAGAAAUGAUAGUCCUCGGAAAUAAUUUCGUUGAUGAUGACAGGACUGGUUCUGUGACAGAUUUCCAGGCUCAACCACUCGAACUUGACUUGGAAGGAAAAGAUGUCACAAUACCCUUUCCAAAAUCAUCCUCGCGUGGUGUACAUCGAACUUCUCCAAGUGGCUUGCGAAGCCAAGACACAACAAAUCGCAUGAGGCAGCAGGAUAUUAAACUAAAAUCCCAGCAUGGAGGCUGCAGCGCUCACCUAUCAUGCCAAGGCAGUGAAGGCUUUCCUCCUCCCUUCAACCUGGAGGAGGCUUUCCAUGCUUUCAAGUUUCGCCUUUAGCUUACUUGACCUCCCCUGGAUAUCUCUAGGGAGUAUCAUUUCCACAGCUUAGGCACUUUCCCACGUCCUUGGAUGUACGGAUGGUCUCAUUUUGUGGACGCAGGCUCAUUUGGGCAUGUCAUACUGGCUAUGUUAUUCUUUUCACAUCAAAUGCAGCCCCAAAACAGCUUGCGAGCGAGAUACCCAGGAUUAGAUUGAUCUCCAACGUUUCGUUGACUCGGAAUUUUGCUUUAGCGAUUCUCAGACCCUAUAAGGUAUAUCAAAGUUCGGCUGGCGUCCCAAAUCAUAAUGGAGUCUGUGCAAUCAGCACGUUCGUCUAUUCUCUCCAUUCCUGUCGAUUUUGAUGUCGUCGCCAUAGAAAAGUGCGCGUCUUCGGUACGACCGCUGAGAGCUAGAAGUCCUUCACCUUCAAAGAGGAGGAACAAGCUAUUUAUAUAACCGGGGUUAAGUUUCAUAAAACUUGGACUUGAAGCUUUCAAUGGUUCGGCUGUCACCAUUGCACGAAUAGGUGCGGCCAUUCAGCCCUAUUAGAAGAAAACUGCUUCCAGGACCCAUAACAGGUGACACAUGUACCCACCAGUAUUCGGCAACAAACAUACAAAGAACCACUACUAUGGGCACUGUU